GAGAAGGAGAAGAAAUACAUGUUGCCUUUGGAUAAUUUGAAAAUCAGGGACGUGGAGAAGGGAUUUAUGUCUAACAAGCACGUCUUUGCCAUCUUCAACACAGAGCAAAGGAACGUGUACAAAGAUCUCCGUCAGAUCGAGCUGGCCUGCGAUUCCCAAGAAGAUGUGGACAGCUGGAAAGCCUCCUUCCUCCGUGCGGGAGUUUACCCGGAGAAAGACCAAACUGAGAACGAGGACGGCGCCCAGGAGAACACCUUCUCCAUGGACCCGCAGCUGGAACGCCAGGUGGAAACCAUCCGCAACCUUGUCGACUCCUACGUCGGCAUCAUCAACAAGUCCAUCCGGGACCUCAUGCCAAAGACGAUAAUGCACCUCAUGAUAAACAAUACCAAGGAUUUCAUCCACUCGGAGCUGUUGGCCUACCUGUACUCCUCCGCCGACCAGAACAGCCUGAUGGAGGAGUCGGCCGACCAGGCGCAGAGGAGGGACGACAUGCUGCGCAUGUACCACGCCCUGAAAGAGGCCUUGAACAUCAUCGGGGACAUCAGCACCAGCACCGUCUCCACGCCGGUUCCCCCGCCCGUGGACGACACGUGGCUGCAGACGAGCAGCGGGCACAG